GCGACGUCGCUGCCCAGAGGAUCCUCAGUGUGCCGCGUAUCGUCGAACGUGCAUCUGCGUGUCGUCCUGCCCGCGUUCGCUCCGUUUCGUUAUUUCUCUCGACAAGAGCUCCUCCGUUUUCCACGCACACGCGAUCGAAACAUGUGACGGCUGAGAGGAAGACAUGGAAAAUGACGAGUAGAUCAUUCAACGCGAUCACCGGCCACCGGAAGUGGUAAACGCGAGACUGUGCUUAGAGAUCGUGGUAAUAAUUCAAGUUUUGUCCGAGUUUCCGAACGCCGGAGGGCCAGCCAGAGUGUUCCGAUGGACUUGCUGCGCGACAUUCAAGACUCUACCUCAACCCGCUGAAACUUUUAACUGAAGAUUGAAUCUGUGCCGCGAACUCGCGUCAGGCUUCGGGUCUCGCGUUGCGCGUGAAAUCGCUCGGAGAUCGUCCAUCAACGGGGUCCCUAUUCCAUAAUUGAACUCUCGUCGUUGGAACUCUAUCGUUAGCUUGCACAAAGAAGCUCUCUUCCGGGACCUCGUGAGUUCGUCCAACCCCGACCGCGUUCUUGACAAUCUUCGACUUCCGUUUCGAAGAGCAAAAGCGGUCGGGAGUAAGUGCAACGUGUUCGAGGAAAAAGAGUAGGAAGAAAUCGGAGAACUGCACGAGAUUCGGAAAGUUUCUAGAAUUCGGGAGACUCCAGAGAACUCGGUGAACUCCAACGAAUUCAGAGGACUCCAAAGAAUUCAGGAAAUUCCACGGAACUCGACGAAUUUCAUAGAACACAGAGGACUCGGAAGAACUUCUGGGACUGCAAAGAAGUCAGAGAACUGGACGAAACUCGACUAAUUCGGAAUACUUCUCAAAAGAGCUGACCAGAAGACUUGACAGAGGAUUCCUCGUUGGAGACGGAAUUAAAAGGAAUUAGACUGUCUAUACGGUACAAUCGAUACGACGUGAGUGCACUGGAUAAAGGAUAGAGUAGAUCCGAGAGAGUUUACCGUGAUCGUUUCCUGAAGGGACGUUUUUGAAAGGGCGGAAGUGGUUGGAGGGAUAGUGCAGCGAUAAGGUCGGUGAACGAGAGGCCAAGAUGUCGGAGAACUCGCUACGCCGGAAGACCAGGAGCGCCUCUAUCUGCGCCCCUGGCUUCUCCAGCAUGGAACAAAUGUUAGAAGCGAUGCCUCCCUCGGGUGCGAGGGACAGGGACAAGAUCGACAAGGACAGUGGAAGCGGAACUCCUGAUAGCAGCACACCGACCAGAAGGCGUAGACCGGCGACGAGGUCUCAGAGUGCUCGGGUUUCCAGUGCGAAUAAGAGCAUUCGCCGUCGCGCGGCCGCACAAGCUGCACAUCACCACCAUCAUCACCACGAAGGCACAGUGAAAUCCGCUCAUUGCAGCAGCGAGCCCAGGUUGACCGACAAUGAUAUCAGCCCUGGACUCAGAAGAAGGGGAAGUCGAAGAGGACAAAGUAUGCACCACAGUCAUCACAGAAAGAGCAAUGCAUUUCUGGACGUUCCCGACACCUCGUCUCAGAUGCCAGCGAGAGAAGACGGCGAGGAUGAGGACAGCUAUAGACUCAGAAACUUCAGUGUCACCAGCAAGGGUCUCGUCAACAGGGGCGACUCCUUCAGAAGACGAAGAUCGAGGUCGAACUCUCUGGCACCCGCGGACCCCGAAAGCGAGGAGAAGAAUGCUGUUCCAGCGAAAGAGAUCACCUCGUACACGGUGGCGAUUCUGGGUGCGAGGGGUGUCGGAAAAACCGCCCUGAUCAGCCAAUUUAUGACCAGCGACUGUAUAAACGCGUAUGACAGACAGAGAGACAUACCCAGCGAGCAAUCCGUUUUCGUCAUGCUGAACGGCGAGGAAAGCGAGCUGAGAUUCCUCAACAUCGCGAACCCAAAGACGGAACUGGAGAACAUACACCCGGAUGCCUUCGUCAUCAUGUAUUCCGUGAUCGAUAAGGCGUCGUUUCAGAGGGCAGAGGAGUACCUGGAGCGUCUCCACGAUCAGGAUUUCCUGCGGGGAAAAUCGGCUAUAUUAGUCGGUAAUAAAGUGGAUCUAGUUCGGUCCAGGGUAGUUUCUUCGCAAGAUGGCAAGUGCAUGGCGUGUACCUAUCGGGUGAAGUUCAUCGAGGUCUCGGUCGGGAUCAACCACAACGUGGACGACCUGCUGGUCGGCAUUUUGAACCAGAUACGGCUGAAGAACGUGCAGGGUAACGCGGAGAACCGCGCCGGAAACGGCGCUAGCGAGGGCAGCGGCCACUGGUACAAGUCGAGGGGUGUGGUGCGAGCCAGCAUGAAGGCCAGGCAGAUGUUGACCUGGCUCUUCGGCAAGGAGGACAGCAAGUUCAAGAACUGCGAGAAUCUUCACGUGCUCUAAACACGGUGAAUAUUCUU